AUGGAUACCCUCGACGGUCAAAGGGCUGUCCUGGAGGCCCUCGUACAGGAGACGGAAAAGGCUGUGGACGAGACGCAGGAGCGACUCGAGAUGGUCGGGGUAGAGCUGGACGAUAUGUGCCGUCGCCUGGGCAUGGGCGACAGCUUCCAGGGCUGGAGUACCGUCUGCGACGACGAGGGCGGCAGUGUCGACGGCCGCGGGGACGGCUCCGGCCUGGGGCCCCGUGAGUUCAAGGCUCUGGAGGGGCUGUCCCCCGUGGAAGCCCGGCAGCUGGUAACGUCCCUCGUGGAGGAUGCUACCGCCGCCGGGAUAGGGGACAUGCUUCGUCGUGAGGAGGCGGCGAAGCAGAUGAAAGUGGACCACACGCGGGACAUGGUCCGGCUGUCUAUGCUCGACAGCGCGACCGACUCCAACGAUGCCGGCGACGACAACUCCUCGUGCUUUGGCUCUUUGUCGGGAGUUGUUCCGGAGGAGGAAGGCGUCACGGCGGGGGGGUCGGACGGAGGGGGUCAUCGCACCCCUGCGGGGCCCUCGGCAGAGGUUCUGUCGGACCGGACGGUGGGGCUUGGACCUGUCGCGGCCAACCUGUUCGCUAGCCCGGCUCCCCGUCAUCUCAGCUCCCGGGCGUCUUGGGGAGGGCCGAGACCCAGCCCCAGGAGCGGGAUGCCUCCCAGUCCGAUAAGCUCAAGGGACGCGUGCGAGGCGUCGGCUAACCGCCGGCUCAGUGGACAGCACAUGGACAACAUCAUGGCCAGGCAGAGGCAGCUCGAGCUCGGGGCGGAAGCCGAGAAGAAGCGGCUCGAAAAGUUGGUGGAGAGGAACCGGGUGCUAAGUCAAGACCUGCAGAGGGAGCGCGCCGAACGUCAGCGUGUGCAGGCCCGCCUCGUUACGGCAGAGCGGGGAGCGGAGGGCUUGGAAGCGGAGAGCCUCAGGGACACCAUCGCCGCCCUAGAGGGCGUGUGGGGAGAGCUGGGCGUGGCGCACGAUCAGCGGCUGGGCUUGAUGGGCGCCGUAGCUUCCGGGGUGCUGCGGGAGGCCGAGGCGCAGCUCGAAGAGGCCAGGGACGAGCGUGUUUCCCUCGGGGCCAAGAUCGGCUCGCUCCGUGAGGACCUGGGGUCCCUGUGGGCCAUGCUCGGGAAGCUGGGCGACAUGGACGCGACCAACCAGAGCAUCUCCGACAAGCCCUUGCGCGCACAGGCCGAGGAGCUGUCGAAGCUGGUGCUAUCCGCCAGCGAGGAGGUUAGCGCGGGUGCUGCUCGCAGGGCCAAGCUCAGGUCUGCCGCUUCCGCCGCCGUUCGGGUGCUGGAUCUCCCGGACGAGGACAUCGGGUCCGAGCUGGCCAGUCUCCUGAACGAGUCGAAGUUCACUCUGCCAAGGGCCCUAAGUGGUGACGAAGAGAUGGUGGCCCUUUCUCUCGGUGAGAAUCAAGGGGGAAUUAAGGGUGGGGGGACAGGCCCUGAACGGCAACGAGGAGAUGCUGGCCCUUUCUUUUAG